CAACUCUCUCCGUUUCUCUCUAAAGAAACAUUCACCUGAAUCCAGCAGCUUUUUCUCAACAGCAUAAUCUCCGCCAAACACUGAUUGUAGAUAUGUCCGCUGCCAGCUGCCUGCUGACUGAAGAUCAGUUUCUGUGCUGCAUCUGUCAGGAUGUGUUCACUGAUCCAGUCACCGUACCAUGUGGACACAACUUCUGUAAAACCUGCAUCACUGAACACUGGGACAUUAAUGUCCCCAAUCAGUGUCCUAACUGUAAAGAGGUUUUCAACACCAGACCUGAGCUGCAAGUCAAUACUUUCAUCUCUGAGAUGGCUGCUCAGUUCAGACAGUCAGCUCAGCAGAAAGCCAGCAGCAGCAGCAGCAGCAGCUCAGAGCAACAAGUGUCCAAACCAGCAGAAGUUCCCUGUGACGUCUGCACUGGAACCAAACUGAAGGCCCUGAAGUCCUGCCUGGUGUGUCUGGAGUCCUACUGUGAGACUCACCUGGAGCCUCAUCUGACAAGGCCAGGUCUGAAAAGACAUCAGCUGAUCGACCCUGUGGAGAACCUGGAAGGCAGGAUGUGUACGAAGCACGAUAAACUGCUGGAGCUGUUCUGUAAGACCGACCUGAUGUGUGUCUGCAUGCUCUGCCAUGUUUCAUACCACAAGACACAUGAUGUUGUUCCUCUGAAAGAAGGACAUGAAGGAAAGAAGGCCGAGCUGGGGAAGACAGAGGCUGAAAUUCAGCAGAUGAUCCAGAAGAGACGACUGAAGAUUCAGGAGAUCAAACACUCAGUGGAGCUCAGUGAUAAAGAUGCAGACAGAGAGAUAGUUGAAGCGGUUCAAGUCUUCACCGCUCUGAAGGAGUCUGUUGAGAGAAGCCAGGCCGAGCUCAUCGACACGAUCAAAGAGAAACAGAGCGAGACAGAGAAACAGGCUGAAGGCUUCAUCAAAGAGCUGGAACAGGAAAUCUCUGAGCUGAAGAAGAGAAGCACUGAGGUGGAGCAGCUCUCACAGUCUCAAGACCACCUCCACGUCCUCAAGAGCUUUACUUCCCUGAACGCUGCUCCACCCACGAAGGACUGGACAGAAGUCAGCGUCCGUCCACCUAAAUAUGAGGGGACUGUGAGGAGUGCUGUGGAUCAGCUGGAGGAGAUGCUCAGUGAACAGAUGAAGAAGGCCGAGCUGAAGAGGGUCCAGCGGUCUGCAGUGGAUGUGACACUCGAUCCUGAUACAGCAAAUCCCAAACUCAUCUUGUCUAAUGAUGGAAAACAAGUUCAACAUGGUGAUGUAAAGAACAAUAUCCCAAACAAUCCAGAGAGAUUUGAUACUUGUAAUUUAGUUUUAGCCAAGCAGAGUUUCUCUUCGGGAAGAUUUUACUACGAGGUUCAGGUUAAAGGGAAGACUCACUGGAAUUUAGGCGUGGCCAAAGAGUCAAUCAACAGGAAAGGAAGAAUCACACCGAACAUUCAGAGUGGCUACUGGACGGUGUGGUUGAAGAAUCAAAAUGAGUAUGAAGCUCUUGCUAGCCCUAAUGUCAGUCUCUCUCUGAAGUCUCGUCCUGAGAAGGUGGGGGUGUUUGUGGAUUAUGAGGAGGGUCUGGUCUCCUUUUAUGACGUUGAUGCUGCAGCUCGUAUCUACUCCUUUACAGGCUGCUCCUUCACUGAGAAACUCUACCCAUACUUUUGUCCUUGUACUAACAAUGGUGGUAAAAACUCCGCCCCUCUGAUCAUCUCUCCUGUCAAUCAAACUGAGUAG